GGCGCCGGGCUCGGUCCGGAGCGCCCCGGAGCGUCGCCGGCGGCGCCACCCUGGCCGUGGGCACCUGCGGGCCGCUGAGCGGCGGCGGCGGCGGCGGCGGCGACAUGAAGGUCACGUCGCUCGACGGGCGCCAGCUGCGCAAGAUGCUCCGCAAGGAGGCGGCGGCGCGCUGCGUGGUGCUGGACUGCCGGCCCUACCUGGCCUUCGCCGCGUCCAGCGUGCGCGGCUCGCUCAACGUCAACCUCAACUCGGUGGUGCUGCGGCGGGCCCGCGGCGGCGCCGUGUCUGCGCGCUACGUGCUGCCCGACGAGGCGGCGCGCGCGCGGCUGCUGCAGGAGGGCGGCGGCGGCGUGGCGGCCGUGGUGGUGCUGGACCAGGGCAGCCGCCACUGGCAGAAGCUGCGCGAGGAGAGCGCCGCGCGCGUCGUGCUCACCUCGCUGCUCGCCUGCCUGCCCGCCGGCCCGCGCGUCUACUUCCUCAAAGGGGGGUAUGAGACAUUCUACUCUGAAUAUCCUGAGUGUUGCGUGGAUGUAAAACCCAUUUCCCAAGAGAAGAUUGAAACCGAGAGAAGCCUCAUCAGCCCGUGUGGGAAACCAGUGCUCAACAUCAGCUUCCGGCCGGCUUAUGACCAGGGUGGCCCGGUUGAAAUCCUCCCGUUCCUCUACCUGGGGAGUGCCUACCACGCGUCCCAGUGCGAAUUUCUGGCCAACCUGCACAUCACGGCGCUGCUGAACGUGUCGCGGAGGCCGUCCGAGGCCUGCACCACCCACCUCCACUACAAAUGGAUCCCCGUGGAGGACAGCCACACGGCCGACAUCAGCUCCCACUUCCCGGAAGCAAUAGACUUCAUCGACUGUAUCCGGGAAAAGGGAGGCAAGGUCCUGGUCCACUGUGAGGCGGGGAUCUCGCGGUCGCCCACCAUCUGCAUGGCUUACCUCAUGAAGACCAAGCAGCUCCGCCUGAAGGAGGCCUUUGACUACGUCAAGCAGAGGAGGGGCGUGAUCUCACCGAAUUUCGGCUUCAUGGGCCAGCUCCUGCAGUACGAGUCAGAGAUCCUGCCUUCCACGCCCACCCCGCAGGCGCCUUCCUGCCAGGGGGAGGCGGCCAGCACUUCCUUCCUGGCCCACUUGCAGACACUGAGCCCCGAGCUGCCGAGCCCCUACUGCACAUUCCCUACCUCAGCGCUGGCGCCCGCCCCCACCCACUCGGCCGUCUCCGAGCUCAGCAGGGGCUCCAGGCCCACAGCCACGUCCUGCUAAGACCGGGGUGGGCCAGGCCGCCCGGGCCCAAGAACUACUGUGAUUUCAUUUUUUUUUAAACUCGUGGACAUUUCAUACCUGUGCAAUACUGAAGACCCCCCUCGCUCCGUCCCGUGAUCCCGACGGGCCAGUGAGUGGUCACCAGGCUUGCAAACGAACUUCGGACAGACCUCGGGGACCGGUUCUCGGGACCGAAGGAAGGCCAAGCCAUGAUGCGGGCACAGCGUGUGCUGACCACUGGACUCGCAGAGCCCCCGCCCGAGGGCUGCCCGGGCCUCGAACCUCUCAGAGUUCGCCUUUUCAUUUCAAGCGCAAGGCAAUAAAUAUCCUGCCCCCGCGGGGCCAGAAAGCAGUUGCUUGACCAGGAGAAAAGGCAGUUUCAAAGCCAACUCAUUUUGAAGGAAGCACAAUUUCCACCAUGUUUUUGUCCUUCUGGCAGUCCCAGUGUCUGUCUCUGUCGCUUCCAGGCACGAGCUCCAUCACCGUGUGGUCAGGACAAGACCCUCCUGGGUCUGGGCGCA